AUGUCCCAUCGCGGUCCUUCGGGCUACGGCGUCGGUGGCCCUGCGCCGUACGGCGCCAACCAGGCGGAAAUCUCCGAUGGCAAUAUCCUCGACCAGAUCCGCCCCUACACCAGCAAGGUUGAGGACUUUAUGGACAGCUUCAGCGAACCCAUCAAGCCCUAUCUGCCAGCCAUCGGCCGGUUUCUGAUUGUCGUCACGUUUCUGGAGGACGCGCUCCGCAUCGUGACGCAAUGGGGCGACCAGCUGCUCUACCUCCGCGACUACCGACACAUCCCCGGCGGCAUCACGCACGUGUUCUUGAUCGUCAACGUCCUCGCCAUGGUUUCCUGCUCCACUCUCGUCAUCAUCAGGAAGCACUCCGACUACGCAGUUGCCGGCCUGAUCGGCGUCGUCGUCACCCAAGCUCUUGGCUACGGCCUCAUCUUUGACCUCAACUUCUUCCUCCGAAACCUGUCCGUCAUGGGCGGCUUGCUCAUGGUCCUGUCUGACUCAUGGGUCCGCAAGACCAAGGCGUUUGCCGGGCUCCCGCAGAUUGACGAAAAGGACCGCAAGAUGUACUUUCAGCUCGCCGGUCGUGUACUGCUCAUCUUCCUCUUUGUCGGCUUCGUCUUUAGCGGCACGUGGUCCAUCUGGCGCGUCAUUGUCUGCUUCCUGGGUGCGGGCGCCUGCAUCAUGGUCGUUGUCGGCUUCAAGGCCAAGUUCAGUGCCAUUCUCCUGGUGGUGAUUCUCAGCAUCUUUAAUAUCUUGGUCAACAACUUCUGGACGCUUCACGAGCACCACCCGCAAAAGGACUUCGCCAAAUACGACUUCUUCCAGAUUCUCUCGAUUGUUGGUGGCCUCUUGCUCCUGGUCAACAGCGGCCCCGGCCAAUUCAGCAUCGACGAGAAGAAGAAGGUCUAUUGA